GUUGAUUCGGACUCCAGAGACAAAAGAGCAUCACCACCGCCGGCUGUCCCUUCUUCCGCUCCUCCAUCCUCUUCGGUCUCACUUUAGAACACAUUCACCAUGUCAAUUUCUUCUCAGGCCGCAGCUCGAUGCUGCCGACAGCUCAUCCGCCCAUCCACCUCUUUUCGCCUUUCCGCUUCAUAUCAGCAGACAUUCAGCCGGAGAUGGCAGUCUACGGAGGCUGCUGCUCCUGUCAAUCCUAAGAUUACCCAGAUUGUCGACCAGAUCAGCCAAUUGAACCUCCUAGAAACUGCCGAUCUUGUUGCCAGCCUGAAGUCGCGCCUGAACAUCCCUGACCUCCCUGUUGGCGGUUUCGCUAUGGCCCCCGGCGCUGGUGCCGGUGGUGCCGCCGCUGCUCCUGUCGAAGAAGAAGAGGCCGCCCCUCCUGCCCAGGAGAAGACUCUUUUCAACCUGAAGCUGGAGGCUGUUGAUGCUGCUUCCAAGGCUAAGGUUAUCAAGGAGGUUAAGACUCUCCUUGGCCUGUCCCUGGUUGACAGCAAGAAGUUCGUCGAGUCCGUACCUAAGGUCCUCAAGGAGUCUGUGCCCAAGGAGGAGGCUGAGAAGAUCAUUGAAACCCUCAAGGCUGUCGGCGCCAAGGCUAUCAUGGAGUAAACGAAUUCGGGUGAGGGGGUUGUGUCUCUUAUAUGCUUCAGGCGAAUUGUUAUAAUGAUACCUGGUCACCCUUUUUUUUUUUUUUUUUGUUCUGUUUCCCUCCCACUGAGUGAAAUGGCUAGAAAGGAAAUCUGGAUGAUUACGAUCUGGACGUUGUGAUAGGGCCUGCAUCAUCUAGCUGGAGUUUUGUCUCUCACUGCUUGCUUUAUUUUCUCUCCUGCUUUCUAGCUUCGAUGUGUUUUCAUUCUCUCCCGUGAUAUAUCUCUUUUCUGAAGGUGUUUUUCUGAUAACCGGGAAGCAGGAGGGAGAGGCGGCAAAUGUAUAUUAUCCUCUUCUUUUUUUGGACUAUUUCGAUCCAGGACGGAAGAAAAAUCUGUUUCUAUUUAACUUUUCUGUGCUUGUUCAAGGAGGUUCUAGGCUUCGUUUUGGUGGUCUCGCCG